CACGGAUAAAGGCCAUGAUCGUUUCGCAUGCACAAACAUUAUCAUAAUUUCAUUGCUAACGCAAUAAUUUUUUAUUUACUUCCAGGUGAUAUUCAGCCAGAUGUGAACAUAACAGUGCUACCAUCCCAAGCUGUACUUUUGUUCACUCCACUCGAUAUUAUCUGUGAUGCAAAUAUCGCUCGAUUUCCCUCGUCCCUCCCAGGCCCUCCUCAGCCACCAGUAAGAAUCUUGAUUUAUGUUGGUAUAUACCUAGUGAAGGAGUGCGAGGAUGGCGGUGUCAAUCCAGUUUACCAAUGUAUUUAUAAUCUCACAAGUUUCAUCCCUGGUCUACCGCGGAGAUUUAGUUGUACUGCCUUCAAUGCCGACGGACAAUGCCGUUUCAAUAGCGCCAAUAUUACAAUCUUGCCACCACCACCAGGUUAGUCCUUCAAGUGUUUUGAUUUAGUUAGAAAAUGAAAAUAUAGCAGUCGACAAGUACAAAAAGAAUGAAAAAAAGAGUUCGAAGAAAGAAUGAUAAAGGCUGCCAAUACUUCUACGCUAGUAUAUAACGUAAUAAAUGCGCAAGAAAAACCAUGACAAUAUUUUCAUCCUCAGUAGCAACAGGAAAUGAGGCGUUUCCAAGUAAUAUGAGAACGUUUAUUUUAUUCAAAACGGCAUCAGUGUUAAUUAAAUACAUAUUUUAAUAAAUAUUAAAAAUCAUUUUGUAUAAUAAAAUAUUUAUAAUGUACCCUUUAGUUGACCUAUAUGAAAAGAUUUAAUCAGUUUAACCAAAUUUCAUUGUUCUUUUUUUCAAUUUUAGUAUUCACAAUUUUACGUGACAUCUUUUAGGCAUUUAUAGACACAUGCACGGAAAUUGGAAUCACAAUUUUUUCAAAACAGCCGUGGUUUCUCAGGAUAUUUUCUAUAUAUCUUAUACUUGUUUUCAAAUGAAUGUGAGAUCAGGUUUUAUCGAAACAAGAUUGCAUUAAAAUGACCACGAUCGAUUGGUAUAUAGUUGUAGCCGUUAGCUCUUUUUCUAGGGUGAGCGAUAGUUAAAUGAGGGUAUUAUGUCAUAAAAUAUUUCGGGUGAACAAUUGAUAAAGGAGAAUGCUGAUGUGGUAGGCACUAAUUCUAAUAAUUAUAAUUAUUCGUGAGAACAAGAGUACAUGUAGAUUAGGGUUAGGACUGGUGUUAGUGUUUAUUUCUGUUUCAUUUUUUAUUCUAUCAACUUUAUUGGACACAAAAUUAUAGAAUACAAGUUGUGGGCCCGGUACGGCUAAACCAAACGGGAGACCCAUGCAAGGCACUUCCCUUAAAUAAAAUUAUGACUAGAUUACAAAAAGAGAAAUGACCAUAUACAGUAAAUCUAUACAGAAUAUGCAGUUUACGAUGACAUGAACAAUCUCGUGUGACCAACUGCAUGCAUGGUAUAUUCACGUUAAUUAAACGUAUUCUUGAUCAAGUUUGGGUUAGGUCAACUGUUAGACUGUGGACGUCCGGAUCACAGGAAGUCCGGAAGGUAUAUCUUUUCAAGCCGUAAUAAAGCAAAAAGACAAUCGGGACACAUUAUGAAGUUCAGUUUAUGAGAUUUUUGUGACAUUUUAUGUUAUUAAUGGAUGUCUAUUUUGUAGUUGGUGUUUUAAAUAUACCAGUAUUAAAUUUCUACCUAAAUAGACCAUUGCAGGGCGUUGCUGCCUCGCCAUUAUCUUGAGGUAUUUUUUCCUUUGUUCCUCCAAACAUUUUGGUUUGUCUUCAGACUAAAAUCUAGUACUGGUACGUAGAUGAGAAGUCAAACGACGAAGAUUUCAGUCGCUAAAGCAGUGACAUCUUACUUGACAUGAAAUUCAUAUUUAUAACAAAAAAGGAGCUUUAUGUUACCUAUUAUGAUGCCAAUGCUUAAUGGGUCUACCACCUCUGUACCAUCAUUUAUCUAUUGCUCAUUCUAAAUAUUAGCGUGGUGAAGUAUCGUCUGGCGCGUUUGGCUAUGUAUUUCACAUAACUAUGUACUGACCUCUUUUAUGUAUUAACUAUUAGACUAAAAUUACAGCUAAAAAUAAAUGUCGAUUAGCUACUUGUGUGAAACAAACAGGGCAAUCAAACCAAACACUUAAAGGUAGCGAUAUCAAACACUCUGGACAUUUUAUUCUGACCAAAACAAUUUAUUAAAACAAGUUUUCCAACAAGUAAUUAUCUAACACACGAUCUCUCCUUUGAAAGUGCCAGAAUUAACAGCUGGCAUCUCGAAUACUGUGAACCAGAGGCGCCGGAAUAUCGAUAAUUGGGGCAGGUAUUCAUAUAUUCGUGUUCACAGACUGUAAAAUCAAUCGAUUUCAAAAGAAAUUAAUUGGGCAGAACACGAAUAUAUGAAUAUCUGCCCCCCAAUUAUCGAUAUUCCGGCGCCUCUGCUGUGAACCUUUUAAUAUGAAAACCAUUGUUAUUGCAUGGUUAGUACAUCCAUUAACUGUGGUUCGCAUUAAUGCACAUUUUCUUUUCAUUGACAACGGUAAAAAUACUGCGGAUUCAGGUUGAGUGUUUAAUGACGUCACGAUUAUGUGAACGUUGAAACAGAAAAACACGGGGUGUUGUCAAGUGGCAAAUUACUGAGAGAAUGAGAGAAUGUCUGUAAACAAACGGUUUUUAAAAUGUGUGACGCAAAACAAUAUGGUUGAUUAUUUAUUCCCGGAAAACCUUUAUCCGAAGACUAAGGUUGUUAACAAUAAGAAAUAUUAUUAUCAAUGGAUGUGAUCCUGCAGCAUGAGCUCCACCUUUGAAUUUACUAUAUGAGUAAAUUCUUAAACACGUCCGAAUUUAUCAUUAUGAUAAAUUCGCGGCAAAUUUUGAAUUUAUCAUAAUAAUAAAUUCGCGGCACCUAACACUAACCCUAACCCCAACCCCAACCCUAACCACUAACCCCUAACCACUAACUCCCUAACCCCUAACCACUAACCCCUAACCCCUAAUCCCCAACCUUCAUUUUUUAACUUUUUAAAUUUUUUAAACUUUUUUAAAAAUCUAACUUUUUAAACUUUUCUUGCUUUUCAAAACUCUUUUAAAACGUUGUAAAACUUUUUUAAAAACUAUUUUUUUAAAAGACAUGAAAGGGGUUAUUCGAUUGUUACAAUAAUAAUUGUAUACAACCUGAUAUAAAUUGAUAUAAAUUGUCGAUUCUGUUUCAAUUUAGCUAUAAGUGUAUAAGCAUUUUAAAAUUAAACUAAUUUUUAAACCUCUUCUUAAAUAGUUCCAAGUACAACUAACCCUCCUGACGUAACAACUCCAAGUCCAUCACUUUCAAUUACUAACGGUAGGCAGGCUUCACUACUAAAUAUCAAAUUCUAUUUCAGUGAAUUAGCAGUAUUACUAAUCAUGAUUAAUUUUGGAUAUCCUUCUCUCGCAUAAUGUAGUUUCAACUUCAACAAAUGCUCCACAAUAUACAACUACAGUUCCUAUUACUAACGGUAGGCUUUUGACGUAUUAACACUUUAUAAAUCAAUUUAGUUUUAUAUCAAAUUUCGCUAAUUAAUGAUAAAUUAACAUGAAUAUUAAUCUUUAAAUUCUGACUAACUUUUCUUUAAGGUGCAGGCUUCAAAAAUUUUAAUAAAUUAAUUAUGAAAAUUAGGAUAUAGAUAAAAAAUAUGAAGCAGUAUUCAAAGGAUUUGAAAUUUUUCCCAAAGAUUUGGUAAGUGCCAUUGUUAUGGCAACAGUGCUUUUUACCAUGUGAAGGUGAAGGCUAUUUCAGAUACGGUAGAGCACUUAGUCCCCAGGCGCCAAGCUAAGGAGCGGAGUUUAAUUUAAUGGAGUUUAUAUUCUAUAUUUUUACUGUUGUUUUUUGACGUUUUUCUUCUUUUUGGUUGGUAGAACUUAUAUUGUGAAAUGUCAGAUAUGUUACUCUUUAUCUGAAAAAAGAUAUAUUUUAUAUCAGAAUUUGUCUCAUAACAUAAUUUAACAUAGUUUUAAAGUUGAUGUAUACUUAUCUGUACGGACACUGAGAGAGUGAUGGUUGUGACUGAGUUGUCCAUUUAACAAUGAAAUCAAUUUAUACUAUUUUAUUCAAGUUGGCAAGCUACGAGCUUACAAUUAAAUAAUUACUUGGCUUGAUGAAGAUGAUAUUAUUUCAUUUUAUAUUUGAGCAGGACAAUUCAUGCCAAUUUCCGGGCGACCAAGCCUCCGCACGGCCGAACGAACAACGCCCACCCCCUCCCCCGCGCGCUCGUUUUGGGCUCGCUCGUUUUGGGCUCGGUCCAUCAUUCGUGAGAUGAAUUAUUAAGUAAUCCGAACACUUUGAAACUUUCACUGGCUUCCAAGUAAAGAUUACUUUCGCAUGAGUAUUAUAUUGUUUUCCGGGGUUGCUACUGUAUAUUUGCAAUAUAUAGUAAAUGCACCAGUAAGAAGUGAUAGCACGGGCAAGGAGCUAUUUUAUUGUGCUAGUUAACUAUUUCCUUAAUAUUAUUUUUAGCAACAACGGCUCCACCGACAGAAAAAGUGACGACUACAUCGCCUCCACCUACACCAACUGGUAAGCGCUUGAAGAUUUAAGGAUUUUGAAACAAAUGACAUUUCUACAGUAUAGCAAUCUGAUUGGUCAAAUAUUAACUUUUUAUUAACCAAGCGCGAGGUCUUUACAGAGGAAUAUCGGACCAAGGUAUUUUUUGUACACACCGAGCCCGUAGGGCGAGGUUUAUACGAAAAGACCGAGAUUCGAUAUUUCUCUGCAAAGACCGAGCAAGCCAGGUUAAUAAAAGUUUAUUAUAUGGCAUUUAUAGGCAUAUACUUGAAACAAACAAGAAAGUGCAUUAUUUGAAAAUGCAUAUUAGUAGCGUGGUACACAUUUGGUCGAAGAAAACAAAAAUGGUCGAUGUAUUCCCUCAUUUUCACUAAAACCAUUCGCAGAUAUCUUAUUAAUAACAAAUUAAAUUAUCAUUUUCAAAUUUUCAAUUAGUUUUUCUGUUUUGUUUUGAAAUGCAUGCGUUUCAAUUACGUGUAAAUAAUGGACCGUUGAAAGUGCUUCUCAGCCAAUGACAGUCCGCCAUUUCACCGGAAGUGAUGCUUGCCAUAUAAUAAAGUAUGAUUAAUUCCCAUCUGCCACUAUUACGAGCAUAAAUCGAAUAUUUUCUUGAGCCCUAGUCCAUGGAGUUCUCAAACAAAAACAAACCUUAAAGGAUCAGGCAAAAUAAGAUGGCUCGUCUCUCGUAAUUCCAAUGUACACUUCAAAUUGUCAGUUUCUAUGUUUCGGAAUUCAGGAAAUCUCGUGUCGUGCAAUUUUAUAGCCUACAUAAUAUAUGUUAAUAUCAGUGGCGUACCCAGCCCGACUAUGUAGUUCCGUUAUGCAAAUAUUGCCAUAUUUAUAAACUAUAUGAACACAAUAAAUUUCUAAAGAAAUGAAUAAUGAUGACGGUUGAAAUUUGCAUAGCGGGACUAAAUCGUUGGGUUAAUUGGCUACGCCAGUGUGAUUAAAAGGUAAAUCGUCAGCUAGUUUGAUGCUUUUAUCUUGUAGAUGAGGGAGAAAGUACAACUCGCACACCAGGUAAUAGUAAACGUUUUAGUUUCAUUCGAAGCGGUCUUCCAAGUUCCAAUUCCUCUUGAAACUUUAUGUCAAUAUAUAUGGUUCAAAUUAAUAACAUGUAUUAAUAUAAAUUAAUUGAGAAGGUAAUUAAUUUAUUAAUAUAUCUAAUUCCUCGAGCGUCGAAAUUAUAGGGAGUCAUUUUUAUUUAAAAACUUUUUGAAUUUCAGUUGUGUUAACGACAGAAGCAGUCAUCCCGCCAAUACCAACGACAACAUCUACAACCAAAAAAGGUAAGUGGGACAGAAUUACUGUGGAUACCGCACUGUAUAACCGUAAUAAUAUCGUAAAACUUGUUUCUCAACAUCUUUUCACCGACCUACAUUGUUUUUACUGAUAGAUGAUGGCAGUGAUGAUAGUGAUGAUAGUGAUGACAGUGAUGAAGACAGUGACAGUGAGAGUGAAGAUGAUGAUUAGAAUCCACAAGCAAUAUACUUAGCAGUUUUAUGUUUGCUACUAACUAGACUGACACACAAAACGUUUAAUAGUAGUCAAUUCUACCAUUUCAUUGUAGACACAGUAUAUCUAGUUUAUAUAAUAUUAUAUAAUAUUAUGCCCUAUAAAGAUUAUAUUUUUAUUACAGAAUAAACCUAGGCAGAAUGCUCUCCGGUCAGUUGUGGAAGAUACAAAACUUUCAUUACUUAUCAAUUCAAUCUUAUUAUAACUAUGAUGUAUUGUUACCUUGGUAUUAUUAGUUGUUUGUCUGUUUUCUGCACUUCUAGAAAAGUGCGAGAUUUAGCUUAAAAAUGUAUAAUUUUGCUGUAUUUAGAAUAGAUUUUUCACAACCCAUCGAGUCUUCGUUGCCUGAAAUGCAAAUUUAAAGUUGUCCCCGAGCCAACGGCGCUUAGCGCCGUUCCGGGCGUUAGCCCGGGGUGAGGGUACUAAUACAUCCCGGCUAAAUGCCCCGACAUGCAUGGGCU